CACGCGGGAGGAGAAAAGGGUGGUGGCCGGUAUUUGGUGCUUUGCGAUCCUGCAGCGGGCGAGCUGAAACCGGCCGGUGGAGCCGAGGGAGGGAACAGAAAAGGGAUCGUUAACAGAAGCAUCUUUUGAGCCGAAAUGGAACAAGACGCUCGUGAGCCAAUGAGAGAGCAGGCUGCCCAGACACAUGUGACAAAGGACAUCCCCAAAGCCAAGAAAUGCACGGUGAUCGGAGGCUCUGGGUUUCUCGGGCAGUACAUGGUGGAGCAGUUGCUGGCAACAGGCUACAGCGUCAACGUCUUCGAUAUCCGGCAAGACUUCGAGAAUCCCCAGGUGCAGUUCUUCCUGGGCGAUCUCUGCAGCCAGCAGGAUCUGUACCCAGCCCUGAAAGGUGUGAGCACAGUUUUUCACUGUGCGUCACCCCCACCAUCCAGUGACAACAGGGAGCUCUUUUAUAGAGUGAAUUACAUUGGCACCAAGAAUGUCAUUGAAACUUGCAAAGAGGCUGGGGUUCAGAAACUCAUUUUAACCAGCAGUGCCAGUGUCAUCUUUGAGGGUGUCGACAUCAAGAACGGGACUGAGGACCUCCCUUAUGCCAUGAAACCCAUCGACUACUACACGGAGACCAAGAUCUUACAGGAGCGGGCAGUCCUGGGCGCCAAUGAUCCAGAGAAAAAUUUCUUAACCGUGGCCAUCCGCCCUCAUGGCAUCUUCGGCCCCAGGGACCCCCAGAUGCUCCCCAUCCUCAUCGAGGCCGCCAGGAAGGGCAAGAUGAAGUUUGUGAUUGGAAACGGAGAGAACUUGGUGGACUUCACCUUCGUGGAGAACGUGGUCCAUGGCCACAUCUUGGCAGCAGAGCGCCUCUCCCAAGACUCGGCCGUGUGUGGGAAGGCCUUUCAUAUCACCAAUGAUGAGCCCAUCCCUUUCUGGACAUUCCUGUCCCGCAUCCUGACGGGUCUCAACUACGAGGCCCCCAAGUACCACAUCCCCUACUGGCUGGCCUACUACUUGGCCCUGCUGCUGGCCCUGCUGGUGAUGGUGGUCCGGCCGGUGCUCGUGCUGCGGCCCACCUUCACACCCAUGCGCAUCGCGCUGGCCGGCACGCACCACUACUACAGCUGCGAGAGAGCCAAAAGCGUCCUGGGCUACCAGCCUCUGGUCCCCAUGGACAAGGCUGUGGAGAGAACUGUGCAGAGCUUUCGACACCUGCGGAGGGUCCACUGAGGCCCCUGGCCCGUCACUAU